CACUAGCAUAAGUUCAUAACCACAAACUGGAACUGCACAAUGCACAUAUAGCCCGGCGGUUCCGGAAGCCGCUGCUCGACCACCCAUGGCGUCUUGUCUCUCGUUGAUACUGGGCCAGCCUCACCAUAGCGUGCGCAUCAGACUUCCGAAGAGAUUCUCCUCCUCUCAUUUCAGACUCCUUUUCUCGAAGCCACUCUGUGUUCAAUCCUCCACCGUCUACUGGCUCCGCCGCUCGUCCACGUCACCACCCACUAGGAGCUUGGUGCUUACGGGAUUCUCCAGAAUCUUCUCUUUGUGUCACUCUCGCUCUCCCAUCCCUAACAGGGAGCAGAUCCCAAGCCUCCACCACUUCGUUCCCAAAGCCACCACAGAUAGUCCCAUCUCUGCUUCCGGUAUUCAAGCGGAUGUAGAGACAAAAUCCGAAAUUCUUCAAAGAGGUCGGAUUUACCAUGAAACUUACGGAUGCCAAAUGAAUGUAAAUGAUAUGGAGAUAGUUCUAUCUAUAAUGAAGAAUGCUGGAUACAGUGAAGUCGUGGAUGUUCCAGAGAGUGCGGAGAUUAUAUUCAUAAACACGUGUGCUAUAAGGGACAAUGCAGAACAAAAGGUUUGGCAGAGGCUAAAUUAUUUUUGGUUUUUGAAGAGGCAAUGGAAGAGCAAUGUUUCCAUUGGAAGGUCUCACUCCUCACACCCUCCCAAAAUAGUUGUUUUGGGCUGUAUGGCUGAGAGGUUGAAGGAAAAAAUAUUAGAUGCUGAAAAGAUGGUUGACGUGGUGUGUGGGCCAGAUGCAUAUAGGGAUCUUCCCCGACUAUUAGAAGAGGUCGAUUAUGGUCAGAAGGGAAUCAACACUCUUCUCUCACUUGAAGAAACUUAUGCCGAUAUAACCCCAGUUCGCGUUUCUAAGAACUCAAUUACGGCUUUUGUUUCAGUCAUGAGAGGUUGCAAUAACAUGUGCUCUUUUUGUAUCGUCCCUUUCACAAGGGGUAGAGAGCGGUCUCGUCCUGUGGAAUCAAUUGUGGAAGAAGUCAGGGUGCUUUGUAAGGAAGGUGUGAAAGAGGUAACCCUUCUUGGUCAAAAUGUGAAUAGCUAUAACGACACAUCUGUGGUUGAAAAGGAGGUUCUUCCACCAGGACCCGACUGGAAGCUCAGUGAAGGAUUUUCAAGCAAGUGUAAAGUAAAAUGUGUAGGUUUGCGGUUUGCUGAUCUUCUUGAUAGACUUGCAGUCGAGUUCCCAGAAAUGCGGUUUAGAUACACUUCACCUCACCCAAAAGAUUUUCCUGAUGAGUUACUGUAUGUGAUGCGAGAUAGAUACAAUAUCUGCAAUAGCAUUCAUCUACCAGCACAAUCAGGGAACACCACAGUUCUUGAAAGGAUGCGGCGGGGUUAUACUUGCGAAUCCUACCUAGAUCUUGUGCAAAAGAUACGGGGUAUUAUACCUGACAUGGGGAUAAGCAGCGAUUUUAUAUGUGGUUUUUGUGGGGAAACAGAGGAGGAACACAAGGACACAGUUAGCCUUAUAAAGGCAGUCCGUUAUGACAUGGCAUAUAUGUUUGCCUAUAGCAUGAGGGAGAAAACGCACGCACAUAGAAACUAUGUUGAUGAUGUCGCUGAUGAUGUAAAACAGAGAAGGCUCACGGAAUUGAUUGAAGCUUUCAGAGAGACUACGGGUGGAUGCUAUGACUCUAAGGUUGGUACUGUCCAACUGGUGUUAGUGGAAGGUCCCAAUAAAAGAGCCCCCGACACAGAGCUCAUAGGAAAGAGUGAUAGAGGCCACCGGGUUUGCUUCACAAAUCUGUCUAUCCCUGAUAAGGUAGAGAAAACCGGGAAACGGAAUCCAAAAAUAGGGGAUUAUGUUGAGGUACACAUAACAAAAUCCACAAGAGCAUCGCUGUUUGGAAAUGCAGUUGCUAUUACCAAGUUGAGCUCAUUUUACAAUGGAUUGCGUGAAGAAUGUGUUGCAUGUGCUCACACAAGUUAGGCACAGUAUUUAUCUUAUCUCCAUGUUCUUCAAUGUGUAAUUCUUUUAUAGCUUUGUGGCCUUUUAUGGUACUGAUAUAUGUUAUAUACGAAGUAUAUUUUAACCGCGCUUUAGAGAGCGAGUUAGGAUUUCUUUGUACAAAAAAGAAGUUUCUUUACAUUGUUUAAAUUUGCAAUGUUUUUUGUUUCAACCCUUUAAUAUCAUUAUUUUAUUUUACUAAUUCAAAUGUAGUGGAUGAACUCUAAGU